AUUUACUUCAUUGCGGUUGGUAUUUCUGACAGUCAAAAUAAACUGUCAAAUUUCUCUGGUGUUUGUGCCAUAAGACAAAAAAAUAUUAAGCAGUUCACCGAUUCCUCAUAAGUAUGAAUUCAGUGUGUCGCAAGAUAGUAUCAACUAAUUCAAUUAGGCAUCUUCGCUUUAUGUCCCAACUGGGAGACUUGGGAAGCGGUGCUGGUAAAGGAGGCGGCGGAGGCGGUUCAAUCCGCGAAGCGGGUGGUGCUUUUGGCAAAACGGAAGCUGCAAGAGAGGAAGAAUUUUUUUAUAAAAAGCAAAAAGAACAACUGAAACAGCUGAAGUCUCACCUUCACGAUGAAAUAUCUUUCCACGAAGAGCAGAUCAAGAGACAUCAAGAAGCUAUAGCACGCCAUAAGGAGGGAGUGAAGAAAAUCCAGGAAACUGAGAAAUAGAAAACUUAUUAUUAAAUAUACUUAGUACUUUUAACUUUGCAUAUGUCAAUAUGGAUUUGGUAGAUUUUUGUUCAAUUUGCUAAAACGUUGUAAGAGAAUAAACGUUUGUUUCA